AUGACUCAACCAAUAAAUCAAACAUUUGGUCAACCUUCUAUACCUCAAAACGUUAAUAUUCCUAUCAAUCAAACAGUUGUUCAACCUUUGAUAACUCGAAAUAUUAAUACUCCUGUAAAUUCAUCCUUUGAUAAUCUUACUGCUGAACAAAGAUAUAAAAUUUUAACUGAAGGCACAGAUCCGUUUACUAGUGCCAAAGCAGAAGGAACAGAAAACCAGGCAGUUUAUCAAUUCCCGGAUGUUAUUGUUUCAGGAUCACACUUUGUUAGGUAUUGUGACACUUGCCGGACAAACUCUUGGGAUUUGGAAUUUGACCAUGGAAAUCCGGACAAAUGGGAUCGUCCAGCUGAGUCUAAAAAUCUCAAAUCAAAAUCUCGAAAAUAUUAUUACCAAUGGUUUUAUUCAUCAAAUUGUUGA